AUGACAGCCAUACAUAGAGCCCAUAAAUGCUUUCACCCUAUAGAGAAUGAACUCAAAGAUCCUUCCCAAAUGAAGGCAAUAGUGAGGACAUCACUCAUACUAUGCUCAUCUGUGUACGUAGCAACCAGCCUUUUUGGUUUCUUCUUAUUUGGAGACAAGACACUGGAUGAUGUACUAGCCAACUUUGAUGGAGAUCUUGGAGUCCCUUAUGGAUCAUUUCUUACUGAUAUAGUUAGAGUGAGCUAUGGCAUUCACCUUAUCCUUGUGUUCCCUAUUGUGUUUUACUCCCUUCGCCUCAACCUAGAUGUUCUUUUGUUUCCACAUGCCAUUCCUCUUGCCUUUGACACUAGGAGAUUCUACUUGGUCACCACACUUCUCAUGGCUUUCAUUUUUGUUGGAGCCAUUUUUGUUCCCAGCAUCUGGGAUGCCUUCCAAUUCAUUGGUGCCACAGCUGCUGUUUCUGCUGGAUACAUUUUUCCAGCUGCUAUUGCUCUUAGGGAUACUCGUGGGGUUGCAACAAAGAAAGACAAGUUAUUAUCUUGGUUUAUGAUAUUUUUGGCUGUCUCAUGUAGCACUGUAGCCAUCUUUAGUGACUUGUAUACUGUCUACAGUAAUGAACAAGUAGAUGAAAAAUUGAUUUGAUGGUGUUGAGUGUAGGCAGAUGAAUGUUAUGUGUAGUGUUUGGGUUUAAUACGAAAAUUAAACCCAUAAGAGUACUCAGUUAUUACAAUUUUGUUAUAUAAGUUUAGAUUUAUACUUAAUUCUUUUUAUUCGUAAGAAUU